AUGGCCACCAACCUUGUGACGAACGUGGGCAGCGCCUUACAAGGACUUCCGAAGACCAGAGUACUCGGAUGGUUAGACAGCUCAGUUGCCCUACAUUGGAUUCGCGGUAACGGACAAUAUAAACAGUUUGUGGCAAAUAGAGUCGCCAAGAUCCAACUUCAUUCAGAAAUCGAGUGGCGAUACGUGCCUACCCAUGACAACCCUGCUGACCUAGCCAGCUGCGGAGGGACAGUGACCACACCGUUGUGGUGGACUGGGCCCGAGUGGCUACAAGACCACGAUCGUUGGCCAACCAACCCAAUUACCGAAGCUUCAGCAGAUUCAGAGGCUGAAGCCAAGAUCAUCAAAGAAGUCUUGUGUGUCGCACGAGUAGAAGAUAUGAAGACGGACGACUUCGAUGACCUUCUCAAAAGACGAGAUUUACGACGCGUCCUGAGAACCGGUGCGUGGAUUCUACGGUUUGUUCGCAAUUGUCAAAGCAAGCAAAAACAACGCGGUCCGUUGACAACUCCAGAAGUGAGCGAGAUGAAGACUUGGUGGAUCAAACGUGUCCAACUCCAAGACAGUUCAACACCACAUCACGAGCAAACCAAAGUCGCCCUCAACCUGCAGAAAAACGUCGACGGUGUGCUCGAGUGUCGGGGAAGAAUACAAGGGAAGUACCCGACGUAUCUACCUCCUGACGCGCCGUUUACGAGGAAGUUGGUGCAGAGAGUGCACCUCGAGACACUGCAUGGUGGCGUUGGGUUAACUAUGGCCGCAGUGAGAGAGGAUUACUGGGUUCCAAAGCUCAGACGGUUGGUAAAGUCUAUCCAAAGAGAUUGUUGGGGUUGCAAGCGGUCCAGAGCAACGGCCUUCGCAACACCCCCUCCUGGUCAGCUUCCAGAAGACCGAACCACCGGAGAAACAGCCUUCGAAGUCGUGGGAACUGAUUUCGCAGGGCCAAUACGGUAUAGAAAAGCUGCGAAGCAAGAGGGAAAGGCCUAUCUGGUCAUUUUCUCUUGCAGUUUGUCGAGAGCUAUCUACCUAGAAGUCAUUCCUAAUCUUGAAACGACAACCUUUAUCCCAUGCUUGAAACGGCUAGUGGCUCGGAAGGGUCGACCUCGAGUUAUCUACUCAGACAACGGUCAGACAUUUGUGAAAGCGGCGAAGUGGUUGGUUCAAGCGGUGGAAGACGAACGCCUCCACAGCCACCUAGAAGAGUGUAGCAUCACAUGGAAAUUUAACCUGUCAAGAGCACCCUGGUGGGGCGGGCAGUUCGAGAGACUGAUAGGUAUAGUGAAGAAGGCAAUGCACAAGACGAUCGGGGGAGCAACGCUCACUUGGCAAGAGUUAAGCGAAGUCAUGUUAGAUAUCGAGACCCAGAUAAAUAGACGCCCUCUGAGCUACGUGGAAGAUGACGUUGAGCUCCAAACUCUUACCCCGUCUACCUUCCUAUUUCAAAGGUCGAAUCAACUACCCGAGCAAGAGCCCUGGCGAAAAGAAGAGAAAUCCCUACGAAAGCGGGCCAAGUUUUUGAUCACUUGCAAGGAGAACCUAUGGAAUCGCUGGCGGAGAGAGUAUCUCACUGCGCUUAGAGAGAGACAUAAUUUGACACACCAGACAACGAAGUUCAAAGUCUCGGUAGGGGACGUGGUCAUAGUAAAGAGUGACGACAAAAACAGAGGAAAUUGGCCUUUGGCUAUUGUACAACGAGUCUUUCCGGGGAAAGACGGAGUCAUUCGCGCAGUUAAACUGAAGACAGCUAAAGGAACACUCGAGAGACCGGUCCAGCAUCUUUACCCCAUGGAGCUUGCAAGCGAGAGCGUUAAACCAGAAACAAACACACUGAAUCCAGAUGCUAAACCUUUCCGACCAAAGCGAAAAGCUGCUGAAAAAGCUGAUGAACAAAUUAUGAAGAUCGCAGAGUUUGAACGAAAACUAUUUUAA